GACUAUCUUCUGACAACAAGGCAGCCACGAACCAGAAGUGACUCACGGGUGAAGUGGCGAUAAAAGUUUUAAAAAGAAAGGAAAGAAGAAAGAAAGAAAAGGCGCUGGCCUAAAAGGGAAGGUGCGACUGAGAAGUCUGGCAAGUUGGGGAAGUGUUAGGUUACACCAAAAGCAGGAGAAGGUGGAGGGAGGGGGGGGGGGGAGAGAGAGAGAGAAAGAGGCUUCUGCAGCAGAAGAGAAAAGUCAAGGGAAAGUCUCGGCCGGCGUGGAUGAGGCCGAGGAGGCGCGGGAGCCGGGCUGCGAGGCUGCCACGCAAGCAAAGGCAGCGGCAACAGGCGCUUCUUCCUCCUCCCCAAGCUCAAUGUAGCAGCUAAGGCAGGGGCAGGCGCCCAAUCCAGCGCCCGGCAGGAGCCAGGGCCCGCGAUGAACAAACUCCGGAGGCUUUUCCGCGGCAGUGGGCGCGCCUUCGCCUUCAUCCUGGCCGCCUCCAUCCUCUGGGUGCUGCUGGACAUGGCAGCCCUGCGCAUCUCCUUCAGCGAGAUCAACACCCGCGUCCUGCGGGAAGAGAGGAUCCGGGUGGAGAGGGAGAGACCCAGAGGGGCCAGAGGGGCCCGGGACCCCCAAGGAGUGGGGAGGUGGAAAGGCCAAGAGAUGGGGGAAGAACAAGGCUGGCGGAGAGCACCCCCAGGAGUCCCACAUAGGACUGUCCCGGUCCAAAUGGGACACAUCCAACCCAUGGAAAGGCAGGAGAAGGAGCAAUCAGUGCCACCACUUCCCAAUGAAGCCCUGGAGCCUCACUUUGCAAUGCCAAAGGGACAAUCUCCUGCCCAAGUGGACCACGGCACGACCACCAUCUCUUUGAAAGUAUGGAGACCUUUUGUUAAGGGAAAACAAGACGCUGAAUCUCACCUUGCAAUGCCAAAAGGCCAACUUCCUGCCAAAGUGGCCCACGGCACAACCACCAAGGUCGACAUCUCUUUGAAAGUGCAGCAACCCUUCGCUAAAGAAAAACAAGAGCCUGGAUCGAAGUCGCCCACCAAAAGUAGGCCCGAUCUUCUAAACGAUGGUCCUCUUCCUGUCGCAAGUGUCACCAAGUUUCCAUUAAAUGGGACUAUUCAACUGUUUGGCGUGAACCAAAGUUUGGAGUUGCCAGUCCGCAAAGAGACGGGUGGAGACUCUGUGAAGGUGGCUGAAAGAGACUCUGUGAAGGUGGCCAAAGGAAACUCUGUGAAGGUGGCCGAAGGAGACUCUGUGAAGGUGGCCGAAGGAGACUCCAUGAAAGUGACAGCUCCAGGAAAGGUGGCCAAAGCUGAUGACCCAAAAAAGGCCCGAGUCAAGGAAAUGCUGGCAAGGGAUCCAGUGGUUAUUAUAACCAAAGAGGAGGCCCGAGUGGUCUUCCCCACGGAUGAAGGCCACCCUGGUGCCGCCGAAGGGAUGGAAAUGAAUGUAAGACCGACUGGGGACAAGAGCAAAGAUCUCCAGAAAGCCAUUGCUAAUGGAACCAAAGCAGCCGGACUUAUCAAGGCAGCAACUGUUAAGACAGUGACAACUAUUAAGGCGAAAGCAAUUCUGACUGGAGGAAAAGAACUCAAGGAUGUCAACACAGUCAGUUUAGUCGACCAAGAUCAAUUAAGGAAAAUCAACCACAGUGACAGUGAGAUCCAUUUCAAAGAGAACACUAAAGUGCACAAGGUGUUCAGCAUCGAUAAAACAUUUGGUCCAAGGGAUCCCAAUGCGGCAGGUCAGUUUGGACGGCCCGCUGUGGUCCCGAAUGAGAAGCAAGAGGAGGCGAAAAGAAGGUGGAACGAGGGAAAUUUCAAUGUCUACCUGAGUGACAUGAUCCCCAUAGACCGAGCCAUUGAUGACACGAGGCCUAUUGGAUGUUCUGAUAUCCUGGUCCACAAUGACCUUCCCACCACAAGCAUUAUCAUGUGUUUUGUGGAUGAAGUCUGGUCCACUCUCCUGCGCUCUGUUCACAGUGUCCUCAACCGUUCUCCUCCUCAACUUAUUAAAGAGAUAAUUUUGGUAGAUGACUUCAGCACAAAAGAAUACCUCAAGGACAAAUUAGACAAAUACAUGGCACAGUUCCCCAAAGUUCGUAUCCUUCAUCUCAAAGAACGGUAUGGGUUAAUACGAGCAAGACUGGCGGGCGCAGAGAUUGCUAAAGGGGAUGUGCUGACAUUCUUAGAUUCUCAUGUGGAAUGCAAUGUAGGGUGGCUGGAGCCGUUGUUGGAGAGGAUCCACUUGAACAGAAAAAAAGUUCCUUGUCCUGUUAUUGAAGUGAUCAGUGACAAAGACAUGAGUUACAUGACUGUGGACAAUUUUCAACGAGGAAUUUUUAAUUGGCCAAUGAAUUUUGGAUGGAAACCAAUUCCUCCAGAUGUCAUUGAGAAAAAUAAGAUAAAAGAAACUGAUGUGAUUAGGUGUCCUGUGAUGGCAGGUGGCUUAUUUUCUAUUGAUAAGAAAUAUUUUUAUGAACUUGGGACAUAUGAUCCUGGACUUGAUGUUUGGGGAGGUGAAAACAUGGAGAUUUCUUUCAAGGUUUGGAUGUGUGGAGGGGAAAUUGAAAUCAUUCCAUGUUCCAGGGUGGGUCACAUUUUCAGGAGUGACAACCCCUACUCUUUCCCCAAGGACCGCCUCACUACAGUGGAGCGGAAUUUGGCCCGUGUUGCAGAGGUUUGGCUUGAUGAUUACAAGGAUCUUUUCUAUGGGCAUGGUUACCACCUUGUCCAGAAGAACCUGGAUGUUGGGGACUUGACUCAACAGAAAGAACUGAGGAAGCGGCUUCAGUGCAAAAGUUUCAAGUGGUAUCUGGAGAACGUCUACCCUGAUAUAGAAGCCCCACUUGUUAAAGCUAGUGGUCUGAUUAUCAAUAUAGCCUUGGCUAAAUGCAUAACCGUGAAUCAAUCCAGUCUGGCUUUUGAAACAUGUGAUGUUAACAACAAGGACCAAAAAUUCAACUACACUUGGAUGCGACUAAUCCAGCAUGGAGACUCCUGUGUGGCACCAACUGAUGCCAAAGGGACACUGGGCCUGCACCCUUGUGAUAAAAGAAACAAAAGCCUGAAAUGGUUGCAUAAAUCACUUGUGGCUUUUCAGCCAGAACUCACGGAUCACAUUGUCUUAGAAAAUAUUCCACGGGCCACAUGUUUGGAAGCAGAUCAGUCUCAGAAAGUCCUGUGGGCAAACAUUUGUUCCUCCUCCAACCCGUAUCAGAAGUGGCAGUUUGGAAAUUACUAUGCCGACUGAAGAGAAAGAUGAGCAAACCAGACACGAGAGCUGCCUUGCAAUCCAAUGAAUCCCAGGAUGACAGCUGUGAAACUCCUAAUAGCAGCAAGUGCAAAACUGGCAGCUCACUUCCAAACCACAGUUGAAACCCGUCAAUUUAAAAGAAGCAUAUGGACAGAUCAGAAGAUGGAGCGAGACCGCAACUGAUUUAAUGUGUCUUGAUGCUAGCCAGGUGUGUCACCUCAAGGGGCACUUGGCAGGAAUCGGGGGAGGGAGGAGGAUAAAACUGACAGAAAAGAGAACUUAAUUCCAAUUUUUGCUAGAACUGUGGUAGCUCAGCUGCCAAAGAGUGAGUCAAACAACAGGGCUCAUAACAUAAAAUCUGUGAAUUAUAGUUUUUUUUAUUGAUUUGUUAUUUUUUUAAAAACUGUGGACAUUCUUUUUUCUCUUUCUCUGUUUCUCUUUCUCUCUGUCUCAAAAUAUCCAGUGUAUCAGUGGGGAUAUGUCCCCAGACUCUGAAUGGAUACACAAAACCAUGGAUAAUAGUGAACUGUGUUGAAAUGAAGGACCUCUGGAGCAAGAAAACCAUAAAGUUGUGUUGGAAGACCUAGAAAAUGCCUACAGAGAACUUGUUUUGUCAGAUUUUGCUAAAUGAAACUACGGAUAAUCAUCCUGUGGA